GCAGUUGACGAGCUGCCUUCACGCCAAGCGGACGCGUAACGGCAACAGAUGCCAGACCAUAGACUAUAUAUAAUAAUAAAGUGCCAUCCGUAGCCCACAAAAGCCACAAACUAUAUAAUACACCGACAUCGGGCAACAAUAGUGAGGGAAGCUAGUUCCGCGACUCAGCAAACUGGGCAAAACUUAUGUGAUAGGCGUUUGUUUCGGAAUUUUCGCAUCCUGCGCUUUCGUUUUCCAGCGUGGCUUCGACGCGUGUGCGUGUGUUUGUGCGCAGGACAUAAAAGCUCCGUUUUGUUGAUAUACGCAGUCCUUGCAAGGCCAUCGAACAGCUGGCAGUUCCUCAACUCGCUUAGGCAUAAACACCAAAACAAUUUUUAUAAAAGCGUUUUUUAAAUAUAUAUAUAUAUCAAAACACCAACAAACCGAUAAACAAUUUAUAUAAUUUAUAUUAUAAAAAGCUACAUUUCGGCCGCGUUUGAAAGGCGGCUGUUGAUUUUUCCAUUGAACCCGAGCCGAAGAUACAUAGCAAAGAAGUAACAACAUGUCUUCCAUGGCUGCAUUUGAUCAGUUCAAAAUUGGACUCAAAAUGGUCGACUUUAAGGUCCAACAACGACGAUACAGGACCAGCGAAAAGACUGUCGUCAGCACCACCUACGGACCCAUCAAGGGUGUAAAGAGGAAGUCCAUCUACGGCCAGUCCUACUUCAGCUUCGAGCGGAUCCCCUUCGCCAAACCACCGGUGGGCGAGCUACGCUACAAGGCUCCCCAGCCCCCGGAGGUCUGGACGGAGGUCAGGAGCUGCACCUCCCAGGGUCCCAAGCCACUGCAGAAGCACUUCGUGUUCGAGAUGACCGAUGGCUCCGAGGACUGCCUCUACCUCAAUGUCUACACAAAGAAUUUGUAUCCCACCAAACCAAUGCCCGUGAUGGUCUGGAUCUAUGGCGGUGGCUUCCAGUUUGGCGAGGCCUCACGGGAAUGUUACAGUCCGGAUUAUUUGCUGCGUGAGGAUGUGGUGGUCAUUUCUAUCAACUACAGGUUGGGACCACUGGGUACGAAUGAUGACACGUGGAAAAAAAAACAUAUAUUUAACAUAAGCCUUCCAGGAUUUCUGUGCCUGGACGAUCCCGAACUCGAUGUGCCCGGCAAUGCGGGACUCAAGGAUCAAGUGUUGGCCCUGCGCUGGGUCAAGGCCAACUGUUCGCGUUUCGGAGGCGAUUCCGCGAAUAUAACAAUUUUUGGGGACAGUGCGGGAAGUGCCUCGGUUCACUACAUGAUGAUCACAGAGCAGACGCAUGGACUUUUCCACAAGGCCAUCUGCAUGUCGGGUAAUACGCUUUCCCCCUGGGCAGUGACUCCUCAGAGAAACUGGCCAUAUCGGUUGGCUGUCCAGGCGGGUUACGCAGGUGAAAACAACACCCGCGAUGUCUGGGAGUUCCUGAAGAACGCCAAGGGAUCCGAAAUCAUCAAAGCCAAUGGAGAACUCUGCAUUGACGAGGAGAAGAAGGAGCGGAUUGGAUUCUCUUUUGGGCCCGUAAUCGAACCGUAUGUAACCAGCCACUGUGUGGUGCCGAAGAAACCCAUCGAAAUGAUGAGAACCGCCUGGAGCAAUAAUAUCCCACUUAUCAUCGGAGGCGUUUCCAACGAGGGGCUUCUCUUGUACUCAGAGACCAAGACGAAUCCGAAGUGUCUAAACGAGUUGGACGACUGCCGGUUUGUGGUGCCUAUCGAAUUGAAUAUGGACAGGGAAAGUGCCCUGUGCCGGGAGUACGGCGAUCAGCUGAGGCAGUGCUACUACGGCGAUAAGACGCCCAGUCUGGACACCCUGCAUGAAUACCUUCAGAUGGUUUCCCACGAGUACUUCUGGUUCCCAAUAUACCGCACAGUAUUGUCCCGCCUGCAGUACGCUCGCAGUGCGCCGACGUAUUUGUACCGCUUCGACUUCGACUCCAAGCACUUCAACCACCUGCGCAUCCUGAGUUGCGGCAAAAAGGUGAGGGGCACGUGCCACGGCGACGAUCUGUCCUACUUGUUCUACAACUCGCUGGCGAGGAAGCUCAAGAACCACACGCGGGAGUACAAGUGCAUCGAGCGGCUGGUGGGACUGUGGACGCACUUUGCGGCAUGUGGAAACCCCAACUUCGAUCCGGAACAGGAGGACCUGUGGCAGCCCGUCGAUCCUGCGGCCGUCGAGAAACACCAGCUGAAGUGCCUUAACAUAUCCGACGAGCUGAAGGUGAUCGACGUGCCCGACCUCAAGAAGUUGAUGGUCUGGGAGAGUUUCUUUCGACGCGAUGAGCUGUUGUAGGGAUCUGCAGGAAUCCAUUUAGGCUAGACAUGCAGCUUUAAUAGUACAAGGGUGGGGGUCACAUUUGGAGACAAGAUAACUUGAGCUUUGAAUGCAAUCUGAUCAUUACUUGGAGUGAAAUUUACAAAAUUCAACAUAAUUUUUGUCUCUGUCAUCAAAAGGUCUUUAUUCCUGAUGGAGAGAACCACCGCUUUAUGUGAACAUUUUGAAGAACUUGCCCUCAGAUUGCCCAACAGACUUAUUUUUGGCAAGAAUGAUAAGUGAACCCACCCUAACCUUUUACGAUUGGAAAAGCUUUACGUUGAAGCCUAUGUUUGAAACAAUGCAAAGCGUAGCUUUAGACAUAAAAUAUGAGAGUUUAUUGUUAAGUUUGUCAACGAGAAGAAGAGUUCUAGGUGUGUUAAAGUUCAUCCGUUUCUUACUAUAUCUUAUCGGAUCGAAUCUGUAGUCUAAGCAGGCUGUUCGUAUAUAGUCAUGAUGCCGCACGACCUAUGAGUGUGAAACAAGUCGCAACUGAAGUACCUUCUAUGAGAAACUACCAAAACCCACUAAACCAAACUCGACAAACAAGACAGCCAAGGAAUCUGAGCUAAGAUCUUAUAUUUAACGUUCCUUUAAGUCUCGCUGAUAUCUUUAAAAGCCAACUAAUAUCAAACGUAUUUUAUACAACUCAUUUUAUUCGAGAUCGUUUUAAGUACUCAGCACAAACUUGAGUUAGAAGAUCCAGUAUAUUUUCUUCCAGUAUCACGAACGCACACAUUUACAAGAAGGGAAUUUCCAUUUGAGUUUUUGAGAUGUAUAUUUAACUGAAACUACUAGUUAACCGUAACCAAUUUAUUUAUAUUCUUAGCCUAAGUCUUUUUAGAUAUAUAUCUUUUGUAUGCAUAGGUUGUUUUUGGUAAAAUGUUAUAUUUGAACAAACGAUAAACCUGUCCAAGUUUUACAUCAUUUUUAGAAUAUAAAAUAAUGAAAACAAAAACAAAUUUUUUGGAAUCGUUUAUGAAUGUCCACAAGAAGAUGACGAUUUAAGGCAAAUAAAUAAAGCUACAAUAGUUUGCCUAAGAAUUCUCUGUGUAUCCGAAUUUGUUGGAAAUACAAAUAUAUUGUCGAAAAGCUUCAAAGUCAUGUGAUGCAAAACACGAUGAAAUUU